CAGCUUCACUAAAACCCAGAUAACAGAAGAUCCAACCGUUGAAAUCUAAAUCCAUUCGGUGAACCUUUAACUCACUGACUGAAAAAGCUUCCCACAAAAUAUCAGCCCGAUCAGGAUCCGUUUGACCCUCCAAAUCUGCAUUGACAAACCUAGACGAAAUUCUGCCUCCUUCCCUCUUUUCUCUCUUUUGUCUUUUUGAUUCUUGUAAGUCUCUACAUAAAAAAUUAGGUCAAGAGACUAUAUAUAUGUGUCUCACUAACCCUAAGAACCUCCAAGGCCCAAUACUAAUCUCAUGGACUAAUACCAAUGGCCCAACUUUCAAGUUUGGUUAUCACCAACCAAACCCAAUGGAUUUCCUCCAUCUAGAAGGAACCCAACAAGAAUCUAUUAAAAUAAGACAUAAGGUCCUUAUAUGUGGCUGGCUUAAAAGGCUGAGUAGAGUCUUCAAACCCAAUAAAAUGUCAAGGAAAUAAUACAACAGAAAUGGCAAGUGUUACAUAAAAGCAUUGCAAAGGCAUUUUAUUGUCAAAUGCCAAAACCGGUUGUGAAAGUUAUUAUUCCUUAGAGAAAAAAAAACAGGAGUAUACAAACAUUGAUGGCACUAGACUAAGCAUACUUCCUAAGGCAUGUCUCUCACGCACUCUAGACUACAGAGCAAGCAUCAGGAUUAAAAGGAAUAAAUCAAGACUAUAAAAACAUUUACUUCAGAACAACUUUCAAGAGGACGUACCUUGCGAACCCAUCCGAAGAUAGGCUUCUCUAGUUUAACAGCUUUUACUCCGCAAUAUUCACACUUCCAUGAUUUCAGCCCCAGAGUUUUUUUCAAGAGGUCAGUGACUUCAGCAAACUGAAAAGAUGUCCACCUCUGCUUUCUAAUGUCAGAAUCUUCACACUCUUCUGAUGAUUCCGUGGCUUCAGAACCAAACUGCUUAGCAGCAACUAUAUCUCCUUUAAUGAUGACUUUCAACUGAGAAACACAUCCGUCAACCUUAAAAAGCAACAACAAAGAGAAAGUAACAUGAAUCAAAUUAGCAAACGCAGACAACUAUUAUCAAACUCAGUGUUAUAAAAAUCAGUAUAGAAGACAACUAGGUAUUUGUCUAGGUGGCAAAUCGGGCUUAAGACCAUGAUCAAUGGGGUCUCUUAGGGACGGUAUCUUAGUGUAAUUAGGAAUUAAAAAAAUAGUUUUUAACUAAAAAACAAGAAACGUAUCUUAAAUAAGAAAUAUAAGAUAUUUCUCUUAGCAGAAAAGUGUCAAAUCAUGUUAUAAGAACCCCAUUAGACCAACUCCAUCCAUUAGAACCCAUUAGGGAUUCUAAUGAUUAAAUUAGUGGGUUUUAUGGUGAUUUGAUUAGUUAAGAAUCUUGGGUAUUGGAAUUAAUUUUUUCUUUCUCCAAUGGGAGAACCCCAUAGGAGUUCUUAAUUUUUAUUUUUUUAUUUUUUUUAAUUAGAAACAUAUGAAAAAUACAAAUACAAAUUGAAACAUAAAACAUAUGAAAAAUACAAAUACAAAUUGAAAACGAGAAAAAGCCAAUUAGUCGAAAUCUUGAUUUGUUCCAAUUUUUUGCCAAAUAUGCUCAACCAAAUCAGCUUUCAAUUGUUGAUGUAUUGUUUUAUCAUGAACUCGAUUCCGCAUGCUCAUCAUAUUGCCGAGAUUUGAAGGCAUAUCUGUAGAAUACGUGAAAUCCACAUGGGAACUUCGGUUUGAUUCCGGUUGUGCGAAAACUGAUACAUCAAACUGAGUGUACCCAUCUCGUUCGUCUUCUACGAUCAUAUUAUGUAGAAUGAUACAUGCUCUCAUUAUCUUACCAAUUUUUAUUUUAUCCCACAAAAGAGCCGGAUUUUUGACUGUGGCAAAUCGAGCUUGCAAGACCCCAAAAGCACGCUCGACAUCUUUACGCACAGCUUCUUGAUGUGUAGCGAAUAAGGAUGCAUUCAGACCUUGCGGAAGUGGAAUAGAUUGUACAAAAGUUGCCCAUUUUGGAUAAAUACCAUCUGUGAGAUAGUAAGCCAAAUGGUAUUCGUGUCCAUUGACAAUGUAAUUAACUUUUGGAGCUCCACCUUGUAAUAUAUCAUCAAAAACCGGUGAUCGAUCAAGAACAUUAAUAUCGUUUAAUGUACCUGGAGGUCCAAAAAAGGCAUGCCAUAUCCAAAGAUCUUGUGAAGCUACCGCCUCUAAAACAAUUGUUGGCUUUCCCGAUCCACGUGUAUAUUGACCUUUCCAUGCGGUUGGACAAUUCUUCCACUCCCAAUGCAUACAAUCGAUGCUUCCUAUCAUCCUGGGAAAUCCGCGUAUCUCGCCAAUAUCGAGUAGUCGUUGAAGAUCUUCUGGCGUCGGGCUUCUUAGAUACUCAUCUCCAAAUAAAUCUAUGAUUCCUUCAACAAAAUGUUCCAAGCAUAAAAGCGCGGUGGACUCACCAAGUCGGAGGUUUUACCGCAUCAGCUGGGCAACCAUAUGCCAUCAUACGAAUUGCUGCCGUUGCCUUUUGUAACGGAGAGUGAUCCAACCUUCCAGUAGCAUCUCUUUUUUGUUGAAAGUAUGGGAUUUCAGCGGAGAGUCGUUCAACAAUACGCAUGAACAAGGGCUUGUUCAUUCGAAACCGGUGUCGAAACAUAUGAGAAGGAUAUGUUGCAUCUUCACUAAAAUAAUCGUUCCAUAACUGCAUGUGUCCUUGUUCUCGUUGUCUUUCAAUGUAGGCUCGUUUCUUCUUUGACCUUGAACCUUCUUGGCGAUUCUCAUGACGACUGAGGAGAUGUUCGUAGUGUUGAUCAAAAAUUUGAUCGAAUUUUUCAUCCAUUUCAUCAUCGAAAGCAUCGAAAUUGUUUGAAGAAGAAGACGCCAUUAUAAAAUUGUGAAGAAAGAAAUGUGAACAAUAUCUUGAUUAUUUGGAGAGGAAUAAAAAAGAAAGUUGUAUUUUGGGUUUCAUUUAUUUGGAGAAGAAAAAGAAAGAAUCAAGGGUUUUUGAUUUGGUUUUGUAAUUUAAAGAAGCUCUCGACUUUGUAAUUAAAAGAAGCAGUGAGAAUGAGUUGAGAAUGAGUUGCUCUCUCUCGAGGUUUUGAAAGAAGCAUUGAGAAUGAAAGCUACAAUCUCGGUUUUGGUUCAAUAUAUAAAGAGUGACAACAACAAUAUAUGAAAAUACAUUGUCUUCUUGUGUCACAACCAACAACAAGAAAUGAGACUUGUCACGAGACUAGCGGCAUCUUGUGUCACGAGAACUGAAACUUGAGACUUGUGUCACGAGAACUGAGACUUGUGUCACGAGAACUGAGACUUCAGAAUUGUGUCACGAGAACUGAGACUUGAGACUUUCGGAUUCUUCUGUCACGAGACUUGAGACUUGAGACUUGUGUCUUCUUUUUUCACGAGCUUCUGCAACACAAACAUAAAGGCAAUGCAAACAUCAAACACUGCGACAGCAACAAAGACAAUACAAACAUAAAAAGAAACAUCAAACGAGGAAACACCAUCAAAUAUUCAUGGAACCAAGAGAAACAACACUGAUUACAUUAAGGGAAAUAUUUUACACAACAAGACAACAUCAAAGACUGAUCAGAGGAGACAACAUCAAAUAUUUUACACAACAAGACAACAUCAAAGACUGAUACAGAAAGAAACAAAGACCGCUACUGAAGAGAAACAUUAACCGCUACUAAAGAGAAACAAAGACCAUCAUACUAGAUUGCCAACAUGUCGGUUAUAAGCUUAUUUUUCAAAGCUAUUUCUAGUUCCGAAAGUGGCUCAGUCUUGGCAAUUAGACUAUCAAGCAAUUUCUGCUUGUUAAGCUUAUCUUUGAAAUCAAAGUCUCUCUGUUUAAUCUCCCAGAUACUCUUGAACUCCUUUCCUUCUUCUUCCAGAGACGCUGGCUUACUCACACCUUUUUUUCCUCUAGCCUUUGCAGCUUUAACACCAUCUGGCCGAGCCAUUGCUUCAUCAUCUCCUGCAACAGAAGUUGAUGACUGAGCCGAUAGAUCGUCUAACUUCCUCCUCUUGGAUUGAACUUUAUCUUUAGUAGUUUGUGUUCCACACCACUUCUGGUCAUGGCGAAGCUCCAACCAUGUGUGCUCCAUGGUGAACUUGGACUUGUAAUCAUUGAAGAAAAUCUCGUGAGCCAUCUUCAAAACGUCAUCCUCGUUCUGUCCACUCGGUCUCUGUUUUGUUGCCGCUUCAUAACAUCCAACGAACUUACAUACCCCCUCGUUAAUCUUGGGCCACCUCUGUUUACAGUGCAUUCCCUCUCUCUUCUGAAUACCAGCCAUCUUAGGACUCGCACCAAAGUAUGCAGCAAUGCGUUUCUAAAAGGCCAUUGCUUUCUGGUCAUUCCCGACCACUGCAUCUUUGGAGGUGUUCAGCCAUGCGCUUAUCAGCACAACAUCCUCUGUUGGAGACCAUUUGCGCCUCUCUUUGCGGUCAGACACAGCCUCAACCUCUUCAUUCAAGGCAGAGAGUCCUACACUAGGGAUUUAAGCAGACACAAAGGAGAAGGAGGUGUUUCGGUGUUGGUUGUUUAAGAGAUUUUGAAAGCUACAAUCUAGGCUAAAAGGAUCCAUAGCAAGAAGCAGGAGAUACAAAGGAGAAGGAAUACGAAGAAGAAGGAGAUACAAAGAAGAAGGAAUUAACUUGUUGAACCAAGUUAGACAGCUUUUAUUAAGGAUUUAACUUGUUGAAACAAGUUAGAUAGAUUUGAAAAGGGAAUUAAAGUCCCUUUACUACCACAACCACCAAACGUUAAUCACAUCAACCCAACUAACAAACACCAUCAGACUUAAUUCCAUUAAAUUACAAACCUAUCUAACAAAGCAUUAAAAGCGACUCAAAUCUAUCAGACUUGAAUUACAACUCCAUCAAAUCUAUCAUUGCAUUGAACCUACAUUAAACCGGUGCAACCAACUCAAGCAAACUAAACCUAAAAACUAAGUAAAGUUAUGCCACAUUACCUCAUCGUUGUUGUCUCUGCUGUGGUUAUUGGCAUCUCGUUUCACUGUAAAUGGCGCUAUACGAGAGCCUCCUUCCACAAAAAAAGAAUCAAGACUAAGCAAAGGCUAAACUAAAUGUUCAAAAAUUAAAUACACUAACUAAGCAAAGGACCACACGAACCUUUGUUGAGUUGCUUGAGAGGACCAUCAAGCAGAGAAGUUCUCGCUACUGUGUUUAAAACCUAUCAGAGAACAAAAUAUUUAAAAGUGAGAUUAGAACCAUUAAGAACAGAGCAAAAUGUAUGUCAAUUUAGAGAAAACUAUAUCGAAUGAAACACACACAAGAACAGAAUAAAAUGUGUGUCAAUUUUACUGUGAUCCGAGAGAACCACAUUCCAAUUAGAGGUAAAAUUAGUUCAAUACGGUUCCAUACAUCAAUCUCAUGAAUCAUGUGUCAUGUUUGCGAGAAAACAAUCAAACAUGGAUCAAACCGACAAAAGAUUCUAAACCAUUACUCUGAUCUAAACAAGGAUCAAACACACACAAAAUCGUAAAAAAACUGUCAUAACGAUCCCACCUUUGCCGAGAAAACAGUGAGAUCACAACAAUUUCAGAAAAAAAAAACAAAUCGCAAUAUAUAUUUUACAUGAAAAAUAUAUACACUUACAGAUGAGAGACGGCGAGGAGAAGAUCCGUAAAAGGGGAGGACUCCUUCUGGAAGAGCUGGCGGAAGAUCAGCUUCGUCGAGGAAUUGGGACUGAAGAGAUCACCGCUUCACGGAGAACACAAUGGGACAGAGCGACAGAGAAGACGGCGAGACGGAGAAGGAGGACCGAUCGAGACAUAAAACCUAGUCAGACACACGGCGGAGGGAAAGAGAAGCCGGCGACGAAGGGAAAGAGAAGCCGGCGACGUCGAGAGAGAAGAUGGAGUGAGAGAGAAGUCGGACAGUUCAAAAGAGAGGACAAGCUUUGGUUUCGUCGAAACCCCGUCGAAGAGAGAGACACAAAAAAUUACGGUCCAAUACCACGCUUCCACGUAAGGGAUCCUUACCCUCUCUUAAAAUGCCAUAAUUAGAGGCGGUCCCAAGCUUAAUUAGCUUUUUUCAUUUAUUUUUAAUGUUUUUUUCUAAAGAUCCCAUGCUUAAGAUCCACUGAUGGACCUGCUCUUAGGGUCUGGUCUCCCCAUUAAUUAGAACAGUUUUUAAAGAUUGGUAUAUACGUUAAAAAAAACGGUUAAGGCAUUCAUCUAAGCAAUAAUUCCUUAUAAAGCUCAUAAUUACUACCUAGAUAUUUCUUAAACAUUGAUCAAACUUAUUAUUAUUAUAUAUAUAUUAGCUUACCUCACUCCAUUUCAUAAAGUGAUGACAAAAGAAACAAGUCCUUUGCAAAAAGGUGUAAAGAAGAUUGAAGAGCAAAGGGUGGUAAAUAGGAUAGACAAGCUCGAUAUGCCCACAAUGUCCUGGGCAAAAUAGACUGAUCCGGCUACAUGUUUUACAACUGCAUUACGAGAGAUUCAUGGAGAGCCAGCUUUAACAGUCAAAUAAUGAUAUAAAAAUCAAGUCUUUAUACAAAAAUUACGUUAAACGAAGAAGUCUUUACGGUGUUUUAUCAUCCAGCGGACCCAUAAGAGGAUCAUAGAGACCACCAGGGACAGGUCUCUCAACGGUAUCGAGUAGACGGGAUUGGUAACUUUCAGAACACUAUGGUUUCGGACAUCUUGUUCUGUCAUGAAGCUAAAUCUAACGGACUUAACGACUUGGGAAGCUCCCUGGAGAAACCAAAAGCUCGAGAACAUAAAUUAUAACCAUCAAGGAAGAAAUUAAAAAAACAGAACUUGAACGCCAUAAAAGUGAAAACGUAACAAAACCUCUGUGGUUUGAGUUUGAGCCAUUGCUGCUGACUUCUGCAAGCACGGAUACAAUAAGGGUUUAACAAUUAAUUGCUUCUCGCCGGAGUUUAAUCGGAGUUUGAAAGUGGGAGAGGUGAUAUAAACCCUUAGAAAGCCGUCGAGGUUUUAGGGUAGAAAAAAAAAAGAUUGAACUGUCGGUUUAUAGUUUCGUAUAUAAUUAAGGGAAAAUUGGAUAAAUAGCACACUUUGAACUUGGAUUUGUCACAUUAGGAUUUGAAGAUAUUUUAGGAAAAUAGGAUUUUAGAUCUUGUAAAAUACCAAAGUACCCUUAAUUUACCAAUUAUGUUGAAUUUAAAUUAUAAAUUAUAAUAAUUUUCGUUUUAAUGUUAAAAUUAAAAUCUAUAAAAAUUAAAAAAAAGUCGUUUUAAUGUUAAAAUUAAAAUCUAUAAAAAUUAAAAAAAAAAAAACACUAAAUGGGAAAAAGGGAGACGCGGGAUGCCAUAAACCUAAUUCCUCUUUCUCCUUGUCUUCUCCGUCGUAGAGUCGUCGCUCUCCCACGGCGAUUUAGGGUUCAACGGUGAGAAGCUCUGUUCUUCGUCGGUGUUUCAUCAGCCCGUGGUCUCUACUCUCGUCUCCGUCACCAUCCUUUUCGAUCUCACUGAAGACACAACGGCUGCGAAUCGUUCUUCCUCUUCGUUGGGUCAAAUCGAUUUUUGAAGUGUUCUUCCAUCAAUUUCGCUUCUCAAUCUCACAAUUCUUCACAUAAGGUAUUGGAUUACAUCUAUAGAUUCUCAUAUUAAACAAAAUCGAAGUGUUCUUCCAUUAAAGCUCGAUUUUUUUAAAAAACGAUUUGGCGUGUUUCUUAAACUAAUUUUGUUUCACGGAUUGGUUAAACAUCUUAUACAUCAUUAUUUGUGUGAUGAUAUUGAAACCUUUACAUGUUGAACUAACAAUUUUGUCACGGUUUGUAGCUAUGUCUGAGGAGCUACCGAAGAGGCUUUUUAAGGAGGGCGAGGAGCCCCGAGUUACUCAGAUCAACAACAACUGCAGGAUCGACUACAUAAUCCGAAAGUUCCAAGCGUGGCUGCCAAAGGAGUUGGAUGUCGUGAAGAAAGACCCGGUUUUUCAUCAGAUUUUUAAGCUCCAUGAGAAUGGUCUUGGAUACUCUGCCAGGGUGAUACACAGCUUCUUGUGUAGGGAGCUGGUGACUUUCUUACAGCACGAGCUAUGGUUUGUCUUUGCGAGGAGACCGCUUCGAUUCUCAUUGCAAGAGUUCCACGCCGUAACCGGGUUUGAAUGCGAUACUCAUAUCUCGCUUGAGGAGUUUGAAGAGUGGAAAUAUGAUGGUGGUUUCUGGAGCAAGGUUUUGAGGAGAAAAGAUGGAACAAUUACACUCUUCAACCUGUGGACUAAGGACAAGGAAGCUGUAAAGAAGUGGAGGAAUGCAGAUCGCAUACGUCUUGUCUACUUGGCGAUCAUUCUUUGUGUGGUAUUGGCGAGAGAUGAGAAGGCUAAUAUCCCCCUGAAGUACAUCGCGGUGGUCAUGGAUCUUGACAGAGUUCGAAGGUAUCCUUGGGGAGUUGCUGCUUAUGACCUUCUCUGCAAAUCAAUAGCCAAAAAUCGUUCCCAACUGAAGGAAAAGACCACUAGCUAUGUCUUGGAUGGCUUCUCAUACGCCUUGCAGAUUUGGGCAAUGGAAGCGGUACCAAAAAUUGGGAAGCUUUGUGGAAAAAAGCUGGAUAAGGGUUUCAAGGACGGUCCUAGAUGCAUAAACUGGAUGGGAGCUGCGAAGGUGUCAUAUGAGGAGAUCAUUCGCUUGGAGGAGAUUAUUACACCCAAGGAUGACAUCUACCCAUACAUCUCAUGGACAGGAAAUUAUGAUGUUGUCAAAGCUCAGGCGUUUCGCAGAGAUGAUGAUGUGGAGGAUGAUAGAAUCAAUGUUCUGAUGGAGAUGAUAAAGAAGGGGCAUGAUUUUAGUGAGCAUGUUUGGGAAACUGAAGAAAAUGAAGUGAUUUCUUUAUCUCUCGAUGACGAAUCAGCUGUGAAUGAUGAAGCAAGCGUGAAUGUUGAAGCAGCCGAGAGUGAUGACGACUUUCAGACUCCGAAAGGAUCAAAAAACGUUGGUUCUAGAUCAAAGAGGGGUAAAAAGAGGCUUCCCGAUCGUGGUAUGGAGAAGAGAAAGCAUAAGGUUCUCGCAAGUGGUGCAAAGCAAGCUCCUUUUAAUGAAGACAUGAAGGCUUUUAUGACACAGUUGUUUGAGCACAACUUCUCUGGAAUGGAACAAAGGAUACAGAAACAGAUGGCCGAGACAUUUGAGCAGAUGCGGACAGAGCUUAAACAAUCACGUAAGGAAGCCAGCGUUGAAGUUGAGCUUGGAGAGCCUUCACCGACAAAGCCAUCGACGAGCCAGGCACCGUUGAGGAGGUCCACACGCGGGGUAAACAAACACUAGUCUUCACCAUCCUCUUCAAUGUUAUUUUGUCUUGUUUAAGUUCGUGGUUUGCGUGUCUGUUUGUUUUAUUGGCAUCUAAGUUAUCGGCCUGAAUUUUGUUGUACUUUAUAAGGUCUCGGUUUGUAUGUGUGCUUGGUGUGUAAGUGUCCUUGGUUUGUAAGUGUCUUGUUUGAACUUAUGUAAUGGUCUGGAACUUUUAUGUAAAAUAAUUAUGUAAUGAUAAUGUAUUUUGGUGUCUCAAUUAUUGCUUAUUUGUCGUGACAUAACAGGAUGGUUCCGAGACUACAUUCGAUGUGAAUUAUAGUGAAGCAGAUGAUAUGGGUCGCGGGAUAGGUACGCAAGGGGUUGAAGGGCUUUCUCAGACGUCGUAUGUGCCAGGCUUUGAUCCAUCUCAGGACAAAAAAGAAGAAGACUGGUGGACUCCAAUGACUUCGGUCCGAGGUUCAGUGGAUAAUCCAGUAAAGAAAGAAAAGACAGAGAUGAAUACAGCUCCACCGCCGUCACAGUGGGAGAAAUGGUGCAAAAGAAAAGGUCAUGGACUUCAGCUUAGCGAUUCACCAUUGCCAGAAGAUGCUUCUCCGCAGGCGUCACUUUAUUAUAUCUCCGAAGAGUCAUGGAAAGGAUUCACGGAAUGGGCAUUAAAGCCUAUACCUUUAACAAUUGGUCCUACAUGCUUUAAUUUGUCUGUAGCUACAAGAGUAGUAAGUGCUGGAAAAUGGCUUGGAAACGAGGUAAUGAAUCUUGUACUAACCUUUAGUGAAUUUAUCUUCCUAAUACUUCUUAUAUGCUAUAUUACUUAACUUUCAUUGUAAAUUUUUAGGAGAUGGAUGCGGUUAUGUUUAUAUGGCGUGUGAACACUACAUUGAAUCGUUGGGCCCCUCGCCGUGUUGCUUUCAUGAGUGCUAUGUUUUGCCUCCAAGUAGACGCUGCAUACAAGAAGUUUUUACCAAACAAAAAAGCCUAUCAAUUGCCUGAUUUCCUUCUUGGGUACGGCAGAGGAGAGCUUCCAUCUCAUGGGCAGACUGAUCUAGUUUGGGGUGUUGAUGUUGAUCGACUCUACUUUCCUCUGUUUGUAAAUGGUAACCAUUCAGUUCUUUUUACAUCCUAGUAUACAUUUCUUCGUUUACAUAUUUUUGUGGACUCGAACGCAGGUAAUCACUGGGUUGGUGUCUGUGUAAACAUCAUUGAAAGAAAAGUGGAAGUCUUUGAUUGCGGUCGGGGAAAGAACAGACAGUACGUUGAGAAGUUUGCUGCUAUCAUUCCUAGGAUAGUGAAGUCCGUUGCACCACAAGAAAGACAGAAGCAGCUACUCCUCUCAUCAUAUUCUAUCGUGGAUGUGCCUAUGAAGUUGAGAUUGAACAAAAGUUGUUGUGAUUGCGGUGCAUACGCUCUGAAGCACUUGGAAUGCUCGCUGCUUGGUCUUGACGUCAGUUUAGUGGAUGAUGAAAUCAUUAUGGGUUGUAGACAGAAGAUUGGAGUGGACUUAUGGGAGGCUGCACACGACCCCAUCUUUGCUGAGGUUAUGACACGAUAUGUGCCUUCACCAUGGGAGAGGUCUGAGGUCUUUGACCUCGAGGAUGAUUGAUUAACUGUGAUUUUAGUAGUUUGGUUUGUUAGAAUUAGAAAACAACUUUGGCUUUGGUAUUUGAUUUGAAUUAAGAAACAACUCUAGAUUUGAUUUUGUAUAAAUUAUGAAACAACCCUAUAAAGAAUUGUGUGCUACAAAAUCAUAAAACCUGAGGACCCAAACCCUAAACAAACCCUUAACUAAAACCAUAACCAUAGACAUACCCUAACCAAACCCUAAAACCAUAAUACAAUAAUGAUUCUUAAUCAUACCCUAAACAAACCCUAAAUCCGUAAUUCAUAGUCAAACCCUUAACCCUAAACAAACUCUAAAACCAUAACCGUAGACAUACUCUAACCAAACCCUUAACUAAAACCAAAGUACAAAUUAAUCCAACGCCUCAAACACACACCUAUUUAUUGAUUAUUGUACAUUGGUCACUAUCUAAGUACGUCCGUCCACUAUGUUUGAUAGAUGUUUAAACACUAAUUUAGAGGGUUCAAAGACAAAGUUCUUGUGGUGUUAUCGAUAAAUUUAGUGACUUUUUUCUGCUCUGCCUUAGCUAGAAUACGCGUUAUGGGAGUAUGAAACGACGUAGUUUUGGUUAUUUUUUUGACCUAAUCACUUUUCUUCCUCAUUCUUCCUCGACAGAGAGAUUGCAGCGGCGAAAAGUUGGAGAUCGACUCCCUCAUGUCUUCAGUAAAUUCUUCAUCCACUACAAGAGAUCGCCUCGCGAAACAACGGGGAAUUCCCACAAGAUGCAAUUGCGGUGAGGCAGUGAAUCGUUUCACUUCAAAAACAAUUCAAAAUCCGGGAAGAUUAUUUCAUUGUUGUCCUUUGGGAUCUCAGAAGGUUAGUCGUGUUAUCAUAUAACUGUCUCCUUGUUGUCCGAUGAGAGUAGAAUUAGUCAAUCUAAUUGUGUAUUGGAUGUUACUGAUGAAGGACAAAACCCACUUGUUCAAAUGGACUGACAAGUCAGUUGUUGAGGAGAUUGAAGACUUCCAAGACCUGUUUGACGUGUUACUCGUUGACAAUUCCGAGUUUCAGAAAUCAGUGAGAGCUGGUGAGGCCAUGAUGACACGCCAUGAGAGUAGAAUUCAAGAGAUGGAAGAUGCAAUGUGCCAUUACGAAGAGAAGACCUCGGAAUGCAUUAGGGAACUAAGGGGCAUAAAAGCUUUGUUUGUGUGUUGUUUGGUGAUGGUCUUCUUGUACCAUAUCUAUGCAUGAUGUUCAACAAAGGCAGCGACUUCGCGCACAACUACUUUUAUGUGCUUCCUCAACUUGUUGUUUCUUUUUUUCAAAGAAGUUAAGACCAUGUUUCUUGUUAUUUCGAGGUGAUCAUCAUCUACUGAAACGAAUUAUUUUGCAAAUACUUUGGUUGUUACUAGAAUAAAUCGAUUUGUCUCUAUAGUUUAGCAAAUACCAAAUUGUCAAAUAGGUUCUUAAACAGAAGAUCAAAUAGUUUCAAAAGCAAUAAGAAAAAAAACAGAGACAGAUGCAGACACAUAACAAACUAGAUGGGUAAAUCGCAUGUUCCUCUCUUGUGUCCUUCAGUUCCACAACGGCUGCACUUAUGCUUUUUAUUCUUCCUUGAUCCUUGAGAAGAUGCGAUCUUGUCUUCUACUGAUUCAUACCUUCUCUUUACUGGUCGACCAGCACUCUUUCUUGUCUUUGGUGGUAAAACCUUUGCAAGUUUAACCUCAGCAGGGACAUUCCAUUCAGACUCUAGAACUGCUAUUGGAUU